GCAAGAAUAUUUUGCAUUUAUGAUUGAUGUUAAAAUGAAAAGCCAAAAUGAUGUUGAGAUGACCUCCAAGAUUUUCGUGUCAACCUUUGAUGAAACGAUCAAUGUACAGAUUCCAGUUCAAGCAGAAUCAAUGCUGGCCGAAGAUUUCAUCCUAAUAGUUGGACAAGGAUUAGGUUUGCAGCGAAGCAGUAUUAAAUGCUUUGGGCUAUUUCAAGGAUUGUUACACCCGACCAAAAAGUUCAAAAGUAUUGAUCCGGUGCCGAGGGAUGUUAAUGAACUAACAUUUCAGAAAUGGUGCUUUGAUGUUAGUAACGAGAGCAAGCUGUUAACAGAUCCAGUGGCGACCAAACUAGUGUAUGCUCAAUGCAGGGCCUACAUUAACCAAGGUCUACUAAAACCUUCAGAAGAAGUAGCCACUAAACUAUCGGAUCUACUGAAACCUUCAAAAGACGUAGUCAAACCUUCAGUAGCCAAACCUUUAAAGGAAGUAGCCAACCCUUCAGAAGAAGUAGCCAAACCUUCAGAAGAAGUAGCCAUGCCUUCAGAAGAAGUAGCCACGCCUUCAGAAGAAGUAGCCAUGCCUUCAGAAGAAGUAGCCAAGCCUUCAGAAGUAGCCAAACCUUCAGAAGAAGUAGCCACGCCUUCAGAAGAAGUAGCCAAGCCUUCAGAAGAAGUAGCCACGCCUUCAGAAGAAGUAGCCACGCCUUCAGAAGAAGUAGCCAUGCCUUCAGAAGAAGUAGCCACGCCUUCAGAAGAAGUAGCCAUGCCUUCAAAAGAAGUAGCCAAGCCCUCAGAAGAAGAAGCCAAACCUUCAGAAGUAGUAGCCACUAAUCUAGAGGAAAGUACUGAUCCAUCCGGAAUAGUUAAGUACAUUACACUAAGCCAAAGCAUCAAUGGCUACAGCAAUAUCCAUCUCCCUGAUUGCAAACUCCAUGAGAUGUUUAGCCUCUUACCUGAUGUAGCACCAAGGAGCACCAUCAGCCUGAGCCUCCUGUAUAGAGGGAUGCUUCUUGGGGUCACCAGAGGAGAUUGCGGGGAGAAAGAGGAGUUCUUUGUCUCAUGGAGAAAAAUCCAAAGAUGGAGAAAGAGUGAGGAAGAUGCUCAUACAGUGACAUAUGAUGUCUAUUCAGUGCCUAGUGAGGAAUAUAGUUGCUUGGUCAUACACACCGAACAAGCUGAUUAUCUUCUAGCAUCAACAAUUGAGAUGAUUAAAGGAUUACAGAGUGAACUUAAAGGACCUGUUUUCCAAACAUCGGACUUGAAACGGAACAAAGAGAGGGAAGUUAUAGAGUGGAAUAACAUUGUGUAUAGUGAGACAAGAUUUAAUGCAGAGCGAGAAAUAGCUGAGUUUUACCCCGAGGUGUCCAUGCUAAGGUGAUCAAUCUCAAUCCAUGGGUGGUCAAAGGAACUUAACAAGCCCAAAAGACCCUCCCCAUGAAAUAUGUAAAUUGCACAUAGCGCGUGCGCUAACGUUUUGGUUGGCAAAAUGAGGGAACA